UCAAAUGAAGCGUGACGCACUGCAAACAUUCGAUGGAAAUGACGACGUGAGAUGUGAGAACGAGAGAGGAUUUCAUUCUGGUCAUCAGAGGGUUAAAAUUUCACUUUGAGGGGGAGUUACCCGAAUCUGCAGUAACAUCAGAGCGCGCAUUCCUCAGCAGAGCUGCCAACAUCCCGGGAAUAAGACCUGAACCGUCAACAUCUCAGACCCACAGUCCGGGAUUAAAGCCCGGGAAUUUACCGGUGCCACGCACGAUUACGCACCAUUCCCAAACCUUAUCUUGUCUGCCGGUUAGGACAAAGCUGUAGGAGCAUGCACAAAUCCUUUAACGUAGUGCGGGCACAGCUGAUCGUGGUCCACUGCUGAGUCAAGCUGUGGGACACACAUUGCCGAGAGGAGAGUGCUUUACCCAUCCCGUCUUCACACCCGUUUGCACAAGAUCGGACUCCAGACAUGUCUACGGAAGUGGAAUCCAGCACACUCCCAGUCGAGCAGGAAACGUUUAAGACGCCCUCCAAAAAAGAAAAGAAGAAGGCUGCGGCAAGCCCAGAGAAAACCGAUGAGUUCCUGCUAGCCAGGUUCAAAGGGAAUGGAGUUCGAUACAAAGCCAAGUUGAUUGGUGUAGAUGAUGUCCCUGAGGCAAGAGGAGACAAAAUGAGCCAAGACUCUAUGAUGAAACUGAAGGGCAAGGCAGGGGCUGCUCGAUCUCAGGGAAAACACAAGCAGAGAGUUUGGGUGAACAUCUCUCUAUCAGGAAUCACCAUUACUGAUGAGAAAACAGGGGCAACAAUACUCGAGCAUGCAGUGAAUAAGAUCUCCUUCAUUGCUCGAGAUGUUACAGACAGCAGAGCGUUUGGCUAUGUGUGUGGCGCGGAGGGCCAGCACCAGUUCUUUGCCAUUAAAACUGCACAGCAGGCGGAGCCCCUUGUUAUUGACCUGAAGGAUCUUUUUCAGUUAAUCUUUAAUAUGAAGAGAAAAGAAGUUGAGGGUUCAAAGAAGGAUGAUUCAAAUAAAUUGGUGGAGAAUGGCAGUGGAGUUUCACACAAUGACAGAAAAGGUGUCGAACAGCUGGACCUGUUUGGAGACAUGUCGACCCCACCUGACUUAAACUCUCCUUCGGAGUCUGAGGACAUCCUCUUGAUGGAUCUGUCCACUGAGAUAGACAACAACCAGAACUGCGUUAAAGAAAACCCCUUUACUUCUUCUGUCCCCAGAGUCCCAUCCAACCUCUCGCCUGAGAACCCCUUCUCCUCUCAGCUCAAUUUCUUCCCCACCCCUAUCCAUGACCCGUUUAGCGAUGACCCAUUUUCCAAAAGCAACAACCAAUCAAACAGGGGAGACCCUGUCAUAGCCAACCACAGCCCUAGUAACUUUUUCAAAGGAGGCCCUAAAAAUGGUGAUUCUGAUUACCUGGGCCAGCAGUUUGACCAGCUCUCCAACAGGACAGUAAUUCAGGCACUCUGUAAUGGCCAGUGGCCUAUAGAUGGUAGGGUUGUGGAAGCGACACAGAAUACUAUCCCAGUCCAAGAACGGAAUGGGAAUGGGAAAGUGACACCUAAUCCAUUUCUGGGAGGUUGUGAGAAGGUGCAGCCAGUGCAGAAUGGAAUGAAGCAUGAGAACGGAAGCAUGGGUGAACCAGCUGUCAAUCAAGCCAAGGAAUCAGUCGUUAUAAGCCCUCCUCCACUCAACACGAAAGCCGGGAGGGGGAGGAGGAGUGUGAAGUCCCCCUCAAAUGAAAAACCUGGCACAGAUCUGUUUGCUUCACAAAACAAAUCAGAAUCACCAUCACCUCAACCUGAGAAUGGCCCAGUCAACCCUAUCAAUCUGUUCAGCAAGAGUCCUUCCUCUGCUGACACAAUCACAGCUUUUGAAGGGUUGUCUUUACCACCUCCACCUGCAGUCUCCACUCCUGAUGCAGCCCCAUGGAAUCAGCCCAUCUCAUCCAUCUUCCCCUGCACAACCAAUGUCUGUCAGUCUUUUACUCAAGCAUCAGUCUACUCAACUACACCUGUGCCUGCCUGGGGAACCACAUCAGCAGGGGUUUUUGGAACCCCCACUGCUACCCAGAAUCUUUCAACAUGGAAUAACACCCCGGUUGCCAAUGGAACAAAUGGAUCUUGGACCUCGCAUACAACCCUGGGGAAUCCCUUCCAGACUAGCAUAUUUACAACAACCGGAAGCCUUGUGCCUGAUGGACAGCAGAGCUCCAGUCCUCCUCCACAGGUUCCACCUCGAGCAGCCACCAAAGAAGUUCCAAAGGUGGACAGUAACGCUUUUGUUGACCUGGAUCCUCUAGGAGAAAAGGAGAAGAGAGACAUCAAGGACAUGUUUAAGGAUUUCCAGAUGGCUAAGCCACCAAAUCUCCCUGCCAGAAAAGAGCCAUGGAAGGCAGAAGGUCAGAACCCAUUUGACAGCUACUUUGGCACAUCUGUACCUGCCACUGUACGUAUACAAGCGCUCCUCCCAUCAAGGCAGUGGGAUUAGACUCUUACACAGGUCCUUUUGGAAACCCAUUUGCAUGAAAGCCACCUUGAUGACUCCAUAGGGUCCGAGUAGGGUUCAAAGAUCAUUGAAGAAGAUAUUAUGCAAAAACUAUUCCAUGCCAGAUGUUUGUUACAGCUUUAUGUUUUGUCGAGCUUUGUUUGUAUGGAUACAUGAACUCCAUUUUUAUGCAGCGUUUACACUAAAGUUCAUCCUGAUCAAGAGCAGGUCUCUUAGCUCUGUUAUUACAUCCAUCCUGCCACGUCCACGGUCAGCACUCCGCCUUUUAUCCACCACUCUUGGAUUUCUGAAGUGGUAACGGACACUCUGAAAAGAAACCAUCACCCAGAUAUGUAACAUAUGUUAUGUAUUAUUCUACACUAGACAACUGAUGUCUUGUUUGAAUACUUUCGUCCUUUCAUUGUAGUGUCGUGUUUGACUUUGUUUCAAUUUCCUAAAUUUAUCAAAGCUUUAGAGAUCACAAAGUAACCAUGACAAACAUUUUUAUGAUUUACAACUGGGAUAUAAACUGUAUCAGAUUAGGAUUUUUUAUUGCUUCUCAUCUCAUUGAUUGUCAACAAAUAUGUUGGAUUUUGUGAAUUAUCCAAACACAAGCUGACACAAUGAUCAGCGCUAUGUAUAUAAUAUCUGUAAUGCUUUGAUAUAACUGUGCAAUCUACACCUAUUGAUCUGCUCUGUAUUGAUCAAUGAUACUAAAUUUAUGUGAGAAAAACACAGCUUUGGCUCUUGUCAAAUUCAAGAUCGAUUGAAAUGAUUUUCUUUACUGUUUAUUCCGUGUCCUGUUACUUGUGAGGCGGUAAACUUGCUGCAUUCACUAGUAAAUACAUGUCAACAAGUCAAAAGUACUCUGUUUUAAUUUUAUAUUUUAUUGAAGGAAUAAUCUUAAAUUGCUACCAUUGGCAUGUUGUCAGUGAUUGUAAGCUAAACACUUAAACAAUAAUAUCACAAUUCCCCGAAUUAAGUACACAAAGAGAAACACGAUCGUUCAUGUAAUACUUGACAUUUCUAUGGUAAAUGGGGAUGUAAUUUUUUACCUGACAAAUUAAUUUGGCAAACAAACUGUAUGUUAUUGCAAUGUUUAACAGUGUAAACCUUGAAUGAUCACUGAUAUGCAUUCAUCUCAGUAAAUUAAUGAUUUAGUAAAAAAUGGAAUAUGUGUACUGUACUGGAUGUUGAAGCCUGGAUGUUGUGAAUGAAAUGUGUGUGUACAUGUAUACAAAUAUCUAUCUGCUCUGUUAUGCACUAUGCCAUCUCUACCUUGGAUGUAGAACUAAGGUGUUUUAAACAAAAUGUAGUCGCCACAAUAAACUGGAAUUUUAGAAUCGUCCUAUUUAUCUUUUUCAAGGUUUGUAUUAAGUCUGUUAGACUAAGUCUGCUAGUCUACUUCACAAUAAAGUGAUGACUGGUUUAAUGA